GGAGCCAUGGCCUAUAGGGUCCGGGGCCGCGCGGGGCCACCUCAGCCGCGGAGGGCGCGCAGGCUGCUCUUCGCCUUCACGCUCUCGCUCUCCUGCACUUACCUGUGCUACAGCUUCCUGUGCUGCUGCGACGGGCUCGGCCGCAGCCGCCUCCUCGGGGCGCCGCGCUGCCUCCGCGGCCCCGACGCGAGCGGCCAGAAACUUCUCCCGAAGUCCCGCCCCUGCGAUCCCCCCGGGCCGCCGCCCAGCGCGCCCGCCCCGCGCCUCGCGGGCUCCAACCACUCGGGCUCCCCGAAGCCGGGCACCAAGCGGCUGCCCCAGGCCCUCAUCGUGGGCGUGAAAAAGGGGGGCACCCGGGCCGUGCUGGAGUUCAUCCGGGUGCACCCGGACGUGCGGGCCUUGGGCACCGAGCCCCACUUCUUCGACAGGAACUACGGCCGCGGCUUGGACUGGUACAGGAGCCUGAUGCCCAGGACCCUGGAGACCCAGAUCACGCUGGAGAAGACGCCGAGUUAUUUUGUCACUCAAGAGGCCCCACGGCGGAUCUUCAACAUGUCCCGGGACACCAAGCUCAUCGUGGUGGUGCGGAACCCGGUGACUCGCGCCAUCUCUGAUUACACGCAGACACUCUCCAAGAAGCCCGACAUCCCGACCUUCGAGGGCCUGUCCUUCCGCAACCGCACUCUGGGCCUGGUGGACGUGUCGUGGAACGCCAUCCGCAUCGGGAUGUACGCGCUGCACCUGGAGAGCUGGCUGCGCUACUUCCCGCUGGCCCAGAUCCACUUCGUCAGUGGCGAAAGGCUCAUCACCGACCCUGCGGGUGAAAUGGGGCGCGUCCAGGACUUCCUGGGCAUCAAGAGGUUCAUCACGGACAAGCACUUCUACUUCAACAAGACCAAAGGAUUCCCGUGCUUGAAAAAGACACAGUCGAGCCUCCUGCCUCGAUGCCUGGGCAAAUCCAAAGGCAGAACUCAUGUACAGAUCGACCCCGAAGUGAUAGAUCAGCUCCGGGAAUUUUAUAGACCUUAUAAUAUUAAAUUUUAUGAAACCGUUGGGCAGGACUUCAGGUGGGAGUAAGCCACCAAAGGGCUCUUCCCUCAUCCCGUCCCUGAGGUUUGCUGCCUGGGCUCUGGUCCUCCUCCCUCAACAAGCUUGGCCUCCGGUCCCUCUUCCCAUCCUGGGUCCCACCUUUUGGAACCAGAGAGUUCCCAAGGCCAAGGCCAAAGAGAACGGGAAGGUCCCGGCCACUAGCUCUCACCAAUCUGUCCAGGCAAAUUUGAUUUGCUGCUGGCACAUCCAUCCAAGUCCCAAAUUGUCUCCCUCCCAUCUAUAAGAGGCCUUGAGGGAGUUGCUGUUAGAAGAGUGUGUCUUCCAGCGAUCACACAGAGUAUAGGUGGUGACAGUUCUGCUGCUAUGAACACGGCUGUCCGUUCCUGCACCACCCUCCCAGGAAUGGACUUGUUAAUUCCAAGUGGCAUGCACUUUCCUCUGAGCCUAAUUCCCUGGAGCCGCCCUGGGUGGUGGGAUGGGAGAGCAUCUUCAGCCCCUCGCAGAUCUUGCAGAGAUUGCAAAGCUAGAAGCAUCCCUUUGAGGAUGAGAGAAGGCAGUGAGUUCAAAACCUGUGGUCUCAGCUGUGCUCGGAGGGUACUGCCUUUGAAAACCACUUUGUGACUCACCCCGCUCCCUGUGAACAAAAGCACAUAACUGCUGUUACGGGUACUUUCCUCAUGCGAGCUUUCGUGUGUAGCAUGCGACGGAAUCAUGCUUGUCCAUGUGAAAUAAAUGUGGCUCUCUCGUGUCCUUAACACUGGACUUUGUAAGCCA